AUGGCAUAUAAUUAUAGAGAUUUUUUAGUAUCAGCACAGUUGAAAGGAAGCAUAAGCGAUGAUGAAUUAAAAAAUCUCCACGAACAAAAAAAGUGUGAAGCCGUUGAAGAGUUCAAAAAAGAUAUUGAAGCAACUGUCUGUGGAUCACCUGCAUAUUGGAUUGAAAACCUGGAGCAAGUCAUCGAGGACAGGUAUCAAAAGACAGCGGACGUUAUACAAGAAAAUGCUCGCAAUCUUGAGGAAGUUGAAAAUACAUUAAUUAAGUGCAAAAAUUUAUAUGUUUUUGAAAUAAAACAGCGUGCGAAAGAAGGUUUGAGUGAGGCUGAACUAGAAAACUUGCAUAAAGAAAAGAAGUCGAAAGCCAUAGAAGAAUUUCAAAGAAAAGUGAUUAUGAUUGUCGAGGGGUCACCAAAGGAGUGGAUUAAAGAUUUGGAUGAAUUAAUUGAGCUUUUACUUGAGUAA